AUUGACAAAUGACAUACCGCCAUCUUGGCGAAGUCAAAUAGUGCUGCCAUUUUUAAAACCGUCUAAGAUUCGAUCUGAUAUUAAAUCAUACCGUCCUAUAGUCUUGUCAUCGGUGAUAACAAAAGUUGUUGAACAUUUAAUUAAAAAUCGGCUUGAAUGGUAUAUAGAAAAUAAUAAAUAUCUGUCACCAACUCAGUUUGGAUUUCGAAAAGGUAAAAGUGUGUGUGACAAUUUAGGCAUAUUAGUCACGGACAUUCGUAAUGCUUUCUCAAAUAAAAAGUCAGUAGUCGCAGCUUUCUUGGAUAUUAAUUCGGCUUAUGAUAAUGUUUUGUUACAUAUUCUAAAAAGUAAAUUAGAUAAAUUAAAGGUUCCUUAUUUUUUAAAUAAUUUCAUUGUAAAUCUUCUAUCAGAGAGGAAAAUUAUUUUAGAUGUUGGCGGCCCUAACAUGCCUAGUAGGCUGGUAUGGAAGGGCUUGCCACAAGGGUCUGUGCUGAGUCCUUUAUUGUACAAUAUUUAUACACAUGACCUAGAAAACUCUAUCGGAGAUUCAGUUAGUAUAUUACAAUAUGCCGAUGACUUGGUUAUUUAUGCCUCUGAUAAGUCUGUAAGUAAUGCUGAACAACGUAUCUCGUCCUCUUUAUCUUUCCUAAAAUCUUGGAUGGAUGCAAAUGGCCUAGAUCUGUCUCCCUCAAAAAGUACCGUCGUACUUUUCACUAAAUCCAGAACUCCUCCCUCACCAACUAUAAGAUAUGAUUGCGAUAAUAUAUUACCCGUCAAUAAUCAAGUAAAGUUCUUAGGAGUUAUACUUGAUUCUAAACUAACAGGUCAACCACACUGCGAAUUUGUGGUUGGUAAAUGUGAGCGACACUUGAAUAUGCUGAGAUGUCUCAGUGGAGUUUGGUGGGGUGCUCACCCGGCCACAUUGAGGUUGGUAUAUAAUGCUGUCAUUAGAAGCGUUCUUGAUUUUGGGACCUUUUUCUUAGAUCCAGGUAAUGUAGCAGGCUUUAGAAAACUAGAUCUCAUACAGUCUAGGGCUUUGAGGAUUGUUUCUGGUGCUAUGAAAUCGAGCCCGGUUAAUGCUCUGCAAAUAGAAUGUUGUGACCCUCCAUUAAACUUAAGGCGUCAAUAUCUGUCAGAUAGAUUCAUUUUUAGAACUGUCCAGUUCCAUAAUCAUCCCCUCAUUUCCAAACUGGAAUCUCUUUCUCAAAAAUUACCCUCUUCACAUAAACCUUUACCUUGUCUAUUAAAAAGCUUUCUGAAAUUUAAACAAUUACAAGCCCCAACUCAUUCCUUUUAUAUACUUCCCCUAUUUAGCUCUUCUUAUGAUUCUCUACUUCUUUCUCCUGAGAUAUGCUUUUCUAUUGGCAUUGAAAAAUCUGAUUUUAAUGCCAAUGCAAACUUUAAUUCCAAUGUCAAUAUGAAAUGGCCUAACUGGCAUCAAAUGUAUACAGAUGCUUCUAAACACUCCAAUGGGUGUGUUGGUGUUGGAGUGUACCACAAACAGUACAACAUAGUUCAGAAAAUUAAAUUACCUCCAGAAUCAUCGGUCUUUACCGGUGAAUGUUUUGGACUACUAAAAGCUCUUGAAUAUGUGCUGUGUUUCAAACUCAAAAAAACCGUUGUAUUUACCGAUUCCUUAAGUGCAUUACAGAGCUUAGCAAAAUUUUCACUUAAACUAAACCCAUUCUUUCAUGUUAUAUUUGAAUGUAGGAGAAAGCUGUUGCAAUGCCAAUUACACAAAUAUUUAGUAUCAUUUUGUUGGAUACCUAGUCACUGUGGUAUCUCUGGAAAUGUGAAAGCUGACAGUUUGGCUAACAGUGCUACUGUGACCGGUGACGUAUACCCGUACAAGAAUUUUGGCCAUGAUCUUGCUGCUUUGCCCGGCAUAUAUCUCCACAAAUCGUGGAGAUAUAUGCCGUUAUAUAUGUGUUGGGAAAAGAACGGCCGGAUUAAGGGUCGUUUCUUGUAUGCUAUACAGUCUUCCGUUCCCAGGAAGCCGUGGUUUUCCAAAUUGUCGCUUGGUAAAACUGCUACUUCUACUAUAAUCCGUAUGCGUCUGGGACAUAACAGCCUUCCAGUUCAUUUGCACAAACUCGGUAUCGUAACUAGUACCGCCUGUAUUUCUCAAUUUCCACCUACAAGUGGACUUGAGAAAUGA